CAUUUCCAUUCGCGACCCCAGCGACAAGACAAGAAAAAGUAGAGAAAAAACCAACACCCCGACGAAACAAAAGAGCGAACGAAGCUUCGACCUCCUCUUCUUCUUCUUCAUCAUCUCCUCCCCCAAACCCUAGAGAGAGAAAGGGAGAGAGAGAGAGAGAGACGAAUCGAGAGAGAGGAGGAGGAGGAGGAGGAAGAGGACGACGACGACGAUGGCGCCGGCGCAGGCGAGCGCGGCGAAGCAGGCGGAGCUGCUGAAGCAGGACGGGAACACGUUCUACAAGAAGGAGCGGAUCGGAGCCGCCAUUGACGCCUACACCGGGGCAAUCACAUUGUGCCCAAAUGUGGCGGUAUAUUGGACUAAUCGAGCACUAUGCUAUAAAAAGCGGAAUGAAUGGAGAAAAGUUGAGGAUGACUGCAGAAAGGCUCUUCAGCUCGACAGUCAUUCGGUUAAGGCACACUAUAUGUUGGGUCUUGCACUUCUUGACAGGGAAGAAUAUGCAGAGGGAAUCAAAGAAUUGGAGAAGUCUUUGGAACUCGGGAGGGGCCCACACUCUAUGAGCUACAUGGUUGAGGAAAUAUGGCAGGCGCUCGCCAAGGCAAAGUACACGGAAUGGGAGAGGUCAUCAAAGGAGAUAGCAUCUCAACUUCGGAAAUUGGAGGAAGCAUGUGAAAAUGCUCUUAAGAUUUAUCGUGACCUUGAUGGUUCAACUGAAGAUGAAUAUGAGGAGCAGUUGAUUCAGCUGAGGGAGGUGUUCAGAAAAGCCACAGUAGCUGAUGUUCCAACAGAAGUACCUGACCAUCUGUGCUGUAAAAUAACCCUAGAUAUCUUUCGGGACCCCGUAAUUACACCAUCUGGAGUUACGUACGAAAGGGCCAUGCUUCUUCAACAUCUCCAAAAGGUGGGCAAGUUUGACCCGGUCACGCGGGAGCCGCUCGAGCCAGAGCAACUCGUGCCAAACCUUGCCAUUAAAGAAGCUGUCCAAGCAUUCCUCGAUGACCAUGGCUGGGCUUACAAGAUGAGGCCAUAGCUUUAGCUUUCAAUGUUCAUAUGCAUCAACCAGGAGAUUACUUUUUGAUGCGAAGCAUGAUCAUCGAAUCGAAGGAAUAUAACUUCCACAUCAUUUUAGUUCAUCCUUGGAUACUCAACUCUCCAUUUGUAUUCAGCCAAAUGGUUUUAACAAAUGGUGGUGGUGUACAUAUGGAUUGUUGUUUGGUCUUGUGUGUAGUGUCUUUUGUAGGAUUUUGUGUACAUACUAGUGAUACUCUGUAGUUGUCCCUUUUUUUUUUUUUAAUUUGCUGCUGUACUUGGACUGAUUAGUCAAAUAAACCUUGAUUAUUAAGUAUGGGUUUGAAAUAAA